UUGCUGUUGUUUGUGAGUACAUUUUACAGAGGACCAGCUCCAACCCACAGCUGCCAAAAUGAGAGAGUUCAAGAGCAAGGAUUUGUGGAGGGCAGUUCUGGCCGAACUGGUUGGGAUGACCCUUUUUAUUUUUCUCAGCAUCUCCACAGCUAUUGGGAACAAAAACAACAACAAUCCAGACCAGGAGGUGAAGGUGUCACUGGCCUUUGGACUGGCAAUUGCCACACUGGCCCAAAGUUUAGGCCACAUCAGUGGAGCCCACCUGAAUCCUGCAGUUACUCUCGGGAUGCUUGCCAGCUGCCAGAUCAGUGUGUUCAAGGCUGUCAUGUACAUUAUAGCCCAGAUGUUGGGUUCAACCCUAGCCAGUGGUAUUGUGUAUGGAACACGUCCUAAUGCGACUAAUGCACUGGGCCUCAACUCUCUCAGCGGUGUCACACCCAGCCAAGGCGUGGGCAUAGAGCUUCUGGCAACCUUCCAGCUGGUGCUGUGUGUCAUUGCAGUCACUGAUAAAAGACGGCGUGAUGUCACCGGCUCUGCACCCUUGGCCAUUGGCCUCUCAGUCUGCUUGGGACACUUGGCAGCUAUCAGCUACACUGGCUGUGGCAUCAACCCUGCUCGUUCCUUCGGUCCAGCUUUGGUCCUGAACAAUUUUACAGACCACUGGGUGUACUGGGUGGGUCCGAUGUGUGGUGGUGUAGCAGCAGCUCUUUUGUAUGAUUUCCUGCUUUCUCCCAAAUUUGAUGACUUCCCCGAGCGCAUGAAGGUGCUGGUCAGUGGUCCAGUGGGUGACUAUGAUGUUAACGGAGGCAACGAUGCUACAGGUGUGGAGAUGAUGUCAAAGUAGCGCUACGCAAAGAUUAAAUGUUAUUGUAUAUAUCUAUAUUCUUGUACAAAAACUCUAGAAUUCAGCCUAGUAUGUUGGUGUUUUUCUGCUGUUUUCAAGUAACCAAUAAGGAUUGUGGUCAACGGGUCAGUUAGUGCCUCCUUUCUGCUUCACUCCUUUGUUUGAAAGAGCACAAAGUUUUUAUCCAAAGUGCCACUCGAACAUGUUAACUCCAAAAUUCCCAACAGAGUUGAGUGUUGUUUUUUCCAGUAUCAGUAUUCCAUUGUGAGCCAUUUUUUUGUAUACAUAUAUCUAUGUGCCGGAAUCACAUUUUAUUUCUGAUGAAUAAUGUAUUGUGUGUGCACUGACUUUUUUUUAAGUAAAAUAAAACACUAGAUAUUAAAAA